GUCUGUGGAGUUUGCUGAUAUUCCAAAGAGUUCUAGGCUGUCCUAAGAGAAGAGAGCAACCCAGCAUCCUUUAAUUUUACCCCUGGUGUUCUUCAUUCUAGGGCCUUCUAGCUGGCAUACACGGAAGUCAUCUAACAAAUAGUAAAGGGAAAACCUACUUUGUUCCAGUGCUGUUUUACUCUGUGUUUUGGGUUCAGUUCCUUCCCUUCCCCUAAUUUCCCACCUCUCACCUCAACCACAUCCACCUUAUUUUACUACGAAAAAUGCUUCGGCUUCUGACCAAAAGGGCAAAAACUGUGGCUGGGCACAUGAGGACCACAAAUAACUAUUCAGUGCAAAAAUAUUUUAAAAACAAUGUUCAGAAUUGCAAGAUACAGCCUCCGACUUCAGUAAGAGUGCUAUCUAAGGCAACAAAUGGUCGUCCCAUAAACAGCUUUAACAGAGAUGAGGAAAAGAAUUUACCUUUAACCUUAAUGUUUCAUGACAUUAAAACUUCACAAGAUGUCCUUCUGAGGCAAUUGAGUAAUGUUGUUACUGCCGUGUCCACAAUCCAGGAAAAAAUUGACACUUACCAGAAGCAGAUGGAAGUGAUAGAAACCAGGGUGAGUAUUAAUGAAGACAGGCAAUUCAAAAUGGCUAAUGAUCUCCUCUUAAUAAAAGAAGAUGUUACAGUUUUGAAGAAGAUAGCCACAGAUCUCAAAGCUCAGAGUACGUGCUCCCCCUUACACUGCGCGGAGAUUUCUGAUGGAGAGGAGAACAGAGAGAUAGUGGAACUAAUCCACAAUGUCAUGGGACCUACAAUUCAACAGAAUUCAGCGGUGGCCACAGCUGAACUAGAGAAAGUCCACGGCACAUCAGGAUCUAGACUGCACCAAGACGAAAAAGCUGGCUCUCAGCUGAUAAAAACUUUGAAGGAAAAUAGUCAAGAAAACUCAGUAAGAAGCUUAAAGAAAGAAAAUUCAAAUAUCUAUGUUUAUCCAGACUUCAGUACAUGGAUCAAACUCACUUUUGUCCAUGGAGGGAAGUGGAGAUUUUUUCUCAGUGCUACCAAACUGGAAGAAUUCGUCCAAUGGGUCCUUACUAGGCCAGCAGUCUUCCCUGGAAAGCCCCAGCUCAUAGCCCAAAGACAUUAUCCAUUUGCUGGGCUUUUCACAUGCCUGACUACUCUAUGUCUAUCUGCUUUCAAUUACCUCUACUGCUUUUUUCAUUCUACAAAAGAACAAGUAACUAGAAUGUAGAGUGUUUUAGAGAGUCUAUUAUCUCAUGAUUUGACUGACAUGAAAUAAAUGUAUCUUGGUU